AUGUGGCUGAACUACUUGGCGUUUUUCCUCGACCUAUCACAUUUUCUGCUGGCUGCUGAUGUGCCAGUGUAUAGUGAAGGCAGCGUUGCUCCUGUCGAUUGUUUUCCCGGAAACCGAGGUUUUUUUCUCUAAAAUCUUUUCAAAACACGGACCAAGUUGUUCAGACUGGUUCAACGUUUCUUCGACUUGUUUCCUUCCUCUCUCCUUUCUUAAACGGAACUUCACCACCGCUGCGAACAUUUGCCGAGCGUUAGUGUUUGGGCUUUAUUCCGUCUCUCACCAAUUUGAAAGUCUUGAUGUGGUCUUUGCAGUUUGGCAGAGUAAUAGCCGCUUCACGGCUAGCUUGGAACGCUAAAAGGGCGUGGCCUGUCUCAACAAGGCACUAUCUUUUCUUAUCGUGUCAGGACCCAUUUUUCGAUGGCUCAAGACAACCGUAAAUCAGCUAUAAGUACGCGCGUGUGUUCGGAAUGAUUUGAGUAGAGAAUAGAUCUCGUUUUCGAGUUAGAACACUUCAAAAGCUUAAAAUAGCUCAUUUUGUCAUAAUUUGCGGACUUUGAAGCUUCAUACUUCAAAAAUAAAAUCUAUUAAAAGGAAUUUUCUCUUUGUUCUGCAAUCAGGAGGUCCUAAAGUACACUUCAGCGGAGUUUCAUCAAAAGUUCAAUUAAAAAAUAUACGAUCCCCGGCCGCAGAGCGUCUACCGUGUUUCAAGUGAACCUGAAAGAAACGGCGAUUUCAGAGCGAAUCAUAGCUCGUCGUAUGACGAAACGAAUUGGCUCAAAGUCAAGACGGUCGGAGAGGCCAUUCUAGCCACCAACAAUACUCUUCUGCGCACGACUUACUGGACUGGUCUGCGGAUUCUCUCAACCGGCAAGUUGGGAGCAGAACGCCUGGGCUCUCGAGAUGCCAGUGUGUCUGCUUCGAUUUAUAAUCCCCUCUGGGCGCCAGGAGAACCAGCUUGGGUUUAGUUUUACCAAAGAAAAAUACGAGUAGUUCUCUUAGUCACUCUCCGAGUUGAAUAUGACGUCGUAUUGCGUGGCUCUAGACUUGGAAACGUCGGACGUUGCUCGUUGGAGGGCACUGCCUUGUUCCUCUGUUCUGCCCGUACUGUGCCACACUUUUUCCUGCCGUCAUGGUACACAUUUCUUCCCCUCAUAUCCCGUUGUUUCUGUCAAAAUUCAGGGUUUUUCCGAUGUUACGACACUAGUAAGUGUCUGCCGCCGAGUUUUGUGGACGACGGCGUCGUUGAUUGCUCCGAUGGCUCUGAUGAACCGACAAUACCGGUGAGCCCCCUUUUUUCUAUAAUUUUGGUUCUUUUUUGAACCGGUGUUCAACCAGUCUACGUGUAAAAAAUUUUUUGUAAAAUUCUCAGAACUAUAGUCCGUUCUCCACGACUUGACAGUUUUCGCGUGUCUGCGUCUCUCUGUUCCCUCACCGGAGAGACCAGAGAAACAUGGAAACAGCAUGUAAACAUGAGAGAGACGUCGAGAGAUGAGGAGAGCGCAGAGAAGUCUUUCAAGUCGCGAAAAAUGGACUACAAAGCAAAAAAAAUUUGUUUUGUGAACUUAGUGUAAUUUAGACUUUUCCUAGGAAUUUAUUUUUUACUUCCAAUAAGAUCUAAUUGAACUCUAAUGCAAAGAUUUGUACUAAAAAUGAAGAUUGACUGAAAAAAUCGAGCUGAAAUGAAGUGACUAUUUUUUUUUUUGAAAAACUGGGGAAAAUUUUCAUUAGAAUUCAUCCUUUAAACUGAAUGGAUUGUACGAUAAGAAGAAGGCCGAAAUUGCUCUCUAACCCGGCUUCUCCUAGAAGGAACGCUCUUCUUCUUGCGACACGCCGUUGAUGACGUCAUCUGAUGGUGUUCUCCGGCCAGCCGUCUCCCCUUACGCGACCGAACCCUGCAUUUUCCACUGGGCCGUCAGCUCUGCGAACAGACGAAUCUUUUCCAUACAAGUCGAGACUCUUCUUAGGCCAUUCUAAUGCUGCAGAUUAAGGUGGAAUGGGUCAACCUGCACUCGAAGGCUCAAAUUGUGCUCGAGGGCUCCAGCCAGGAUGACCUCAUUCGUGUCAACUCUCUCAACAAUACGGCGUUUUUGACGAACUCGCCGAGUUUCUUCAUUUCUGUUCAAGGAGCGGAUCGUCGGCGAGAAGAUUUUCGGAUUCAUUACGCUGAGUUUGGUAUGUCGGACGGACGUGGGUUGUAUCUCCGUUUGUCUAACAGAUCCCGAGGCUUGCCUUCUCAUCGACGGCUUCAUCGACUAUGACUCCGACAGAACGCCCCUCGGCUGUGUCUUCGAGGUUUCCGAUGCUGACAGCGAUUCUUUCCUGUCUAUCAUGGUGAGCUCCCAAUGUCUCAUUUUGUUCUGUUGAAUCUCGGAUUCAUCAGGUGGAACAGUUUCGCACUUCUGGAGAGAGCCAAGGCCAUCUGCGGUAUCUGAACGAAACGUUUUCGAUAGAUCCCAGGGCUUGGGUUCAAAUUGUCGUAGUUCCAGCUAAUAGCUUCACAUUACACUUUGAGAAAAGUUACCAUGACUCCCGGACUUUAUUCAAAGCAAGAGUGACUGCUAUCAAAAAAGGUUUUUUUUUUCAAAUUUACGGCAAAGUCUAUAUGAGAACAAACCUUUGUUUAGCUUUAUCGCCUGCGAUCCGUUGAUAUAUUAGGUGUAAAAAUGUUUCAAUAUUCUUUUUUUUUAAACAAUAAUAAUCAAGUUUCCCUCAUCUUCAACUAAAGUUCGUCGAAAAGAAAUUUUAGAUUUUUUCAUGAUAUUUCGACUAUAUGAUUUUCUACAAUCACGAAACUUUCAGAAAUUCAGCAGCUUUUUGUCGCUGAUCAGAAUUUUUCUUUUGUUUGGCUCGGAGGUGCAAGAAAAGUCCUCACCGACUCGAAAAAGCUUUCGAUCGAAACACUGACGAAGGAAAAAGAGGACCUUAUUGGGACUUGGUAUUUUGAUGAAGUCAAACUGCAAGAAAGAUUGGAUACGGUUGAGGUAAAUUCAACUUGAAAAUCAAGAGAAAACGGUACAGUUUCAGUUGGUCGCGGAAGAGAGCAAAAGCUCCGUUCGACCACAGUUCUCACGUCAAGUUCAGGGAGCAUCGUCUCUCGUGCUCCUCAUAACCUCUUCGGACUUCUUUCUGAGCGCUUUUUAUUCAAAAGGUAUUCACCAAAAUUUCAAAACUGAGGAAAACCUACUGUUCCUACAGAUGAUUUCCUGCGACAUGAUGGGAACGACAGGAAUCAAAAUGUUUUGGUGACUUAUAAGAACAUAUCAAAAACGUCCUUAACAGGUAGUACUACCUGAAAUUUCUUUCAUUUUAUGGACUUUUAAGAAAGAAAAGAGGCUGAAGAGAAACAACGUUUAUGUCUUUUGCCUUUCAUUUCGAAUGGAAGUUUCUUGCGAAUUGUUGGUGGCUAUUCGAAUGGCUCUGCAGUAUUUUUCGAAUGUCGCCAAGGAUUUUUCGUCCCUUCGAACGAUUAUACUAUCAGCUGUCUCGACGGCCGAUGGUUCAAUGGAAACGAGCCCCUACCCUCGAGAGAAUUCGGGCAAUUCGUCGAAUGCCAAGGUAUAGUUCGCUUUUCGCGACUUGAAAGAGCAGGACUUCUCUACUCCCUCCUUACCUCUCGACGUCUCUCUCUCUCUCACAUUUACGCGCUAUUUCCAUGAUUCUCUGACCUCGCCGGUGAGGGAACAGAGAGACGCAGACACGCGAAAACUGUCAAGUCGCGACAGAUAGACUUCUGCAUGACGCCCUGGAAACUUGUCUUUGCAGCUUGGAACUGCUCCGCAACGACUCCUUUCGAACAAAACCAUCUGGCUCGUCCAAGUACCACGGAAACUUCCUACGCAACACGUCGUUACUACAACGCUUACUCCGAGUUUCCCUUCCAGGUGUUCUGCGUUUGUGAAGUCGCUUUGGACUGGAUUUGUUACAAUGACGCCAUGAACUCUCGUGAGUCUCGAGAAUAUUUUUUUUUCCAAAAGUCACAUCUGUAAAAUGUAUAGCUGAUUCACGGCCAGCUUGGGACGCUAAGGGGGCGUGUACUUUCUGCGCUCUCCACGAGCCAGGCGCUAUCUCGUGCAUUAUCGUGUCAGGACCAUUUUUUCGAUCACUCAAGCCAGCCGUGAAUCAGCUAUUGAUUGCGAAAGAUGUUUUUCGUUUUUUGAUUCAGAUGCUCAAACUUAUUCAAAUGUAUUGUAGCGAGUUCUUGUGUGGCGAAACAAACGACAGAUGCAAACGUAGUGGACCAGAACGGAAGAUUACGGAAUCUGUUCGGCGACGGAGAGCGCGCCUUUCUCCAAUGCCUCAGAUGCGGCUGUUCUGACGAUCGAGUCCAUCUCUGCAGAAACGGAACUUGGGACACCGAUGAGUUCAUAGAUGACUUCGCCUGUCUUUGCGCAGGUGAGGUUGCGAGUUUGUUCUCAACCCAAAAGGCUCAGAAAGCGAAGCCGAAAUCAGCUGUGGUCUCCAUGGACAGAGAGAGAUGAUGAGCCAGACUUGUCGCUGUGAUGUCGGCUAUCACUUGGUGGAGGGAAACUGCAUCGGUUGGUCGAUCCUCGGCCCUUGUCACGCUGGAUUUCAGACAUCGACGAGUGUUUUUUGGGUAUAUCUUUAUGCGACGACCCAUCGUGGUGCUACAACCUGGAGGGCGGCUACAGUUGCGCAUGUUCUCCCGGGAAAUUUCUUUGGACAGGCUUUGCCGAUUUUCCUGUUUUUGAGGGUUAUCUAGUGACUAACGUGUCUUGCAUAGGCAAGUGCUCUUGAUGGAAAUUCUCGCUGAAUCCGUUUUUCAGACCCGGUCUGCGAUUCUCGUUUUUUGGAAGAUGGAUACGAAGCGUCUUCGUUCUCCGGAAAACUACAGCCUUUUUAUGCGUGAGCUUAAUUUUGAUGUAACUUUGAAUAACUCGUUCAAAAUCCUGCUCCCAGCUCAGAGAAGUACCCAAAAAAGACAAACAACAGUGAUAGUUGAAAAAAGUUGUUUUGGAGAACACCUAAACCGAAAUAGGUAGGCGAAGCUGAAAUAGCUGCUAUUCUUUAGCCAUUUUCGCUUUCCAGAGUUGAAAUAGGUUUAAUUUUCUUGAGAUUUGUGCUUGAAUUGUUUUUAAAUAGAAGAAGCAAAAAAAUUUCUUUGGAUUCCUUUUCGUGUACCUGGUUGAAAACUUAAAGGAAGUAUUAUAGAAAUAUGGCUUCUGUAGCCUUUUUCGAGUUCUUUCCGUGUGAGAAGGAGGAAGAGAAGGUUGAAUGUGCGGCCAGGUACCAACAGACUUGCAUUCAAGGGCAGUGGAGAAGAGACUUCAAUUGGAGAGGUUUGUUAGAAAUUAUGCCUUGAGAACAUAGUCGAUUCACGGCUAGCUUGGGACACAAAAAGGCGUGGCCUGUCUGCCUCCAUCAACCAGGCACUGUCUCUUUUAUUAUCGUGUCAGUACCCAUUUUUCGAUGGCUCAAGCCAGUCAUGAAUCAGCUAUAAAUGAUAAUAUGAUUUUGAAAAAUGCUGAAUUUUGGAAAGUUAAAGAUUUUUUAAAUGUCAAGGUCAAAACGAUGCGUUUUCUUUUCAAAAAGGUUUUAGAUUUUUUUUUAUCAACAAGAAGAAAGUCAAGAUGGAACUUGAGCGAGUUUUAAAGUUUUCUCGAAAUUUAGUGGAACUAAAAAAAAAAGUUUCGUUCGUAACAAAAAAUUUUUUAGCCAAAUGUCCGACAGCACUGCCAGGCUUAGUGCUAGAAAAUGUGGACAACGCGCCCGACUGGCCGCUGGUUUUCGCCGUAGCGCGAGUUUACUGCGCGGAUCCGUCUCAGCUUCUGGUCGGCUACGACUACAUUCUGUGCAACGCGUCUCUGCAGUGGUCCUACGUGCCUCGUUGCGUUUGUCAGUCUGUUGGCUUCUUCUUGCCCAAUUUUAGAUUUCAGAUCAAAGUUGUAGCGAUUUAUCGACUCCUGACGGUGGUGUCAAAAUCGUAACUGAAGGUAGUUAUAACGAAAAUGAUGGUUUUUUGCUGGGAAGUGUUGUUAAAUUUGUGUGCAAUACUGGUCGAAUUGAUGGUGCUGACACAGCGAAAUGCAUCAUGACAUCAGAUGGUCUUUUGUGUUGAAAAAUUGGUCGACUAGUUUUGAAUCAUUUUUAGGACCAAGGUGGUCAGCUCCCCCGCCAAAAUGUGUAGAGGCCGAUUUGGUGUUAUCCGAAAGCUUCAUUGUUGAAGGUGGGACGUUUUCAGACGCAUCUCUAUGAUUGAAUUAUUUGAGAGCUUGAACUUCUUGCUGCGCCCUACGAAUGGUCUCACACUUCAAAUGUAACGAUGAUUUCCCGUUAUAGUCUGUGUGCCACGACUUGAAAUUUCACCGAACGACAUUCCGCUGUUCCGCUGCGUGCGUUCGCGAAGCCUCUUUGGAAUCUGGGUCACUUUUUCAAUUGAUUUUUCUUGCUUUGGGAGCACAUGGAAGUAGAGUACCUUUAAAAAAAACGCGACCAAGGCUCGAAAAGGCGCGCAGCGGCACAGCGGAAUGUCGUUUGGUGAAAUUCCCAAUCACACAUACUAUAUUACUUUUUUUUUUGUUUUCCGUGGAAUAAGUUCGGUAGAGAAGAAAAAAGUUUCCUCACAGUGUAUAAAAGCCAUUUUUGUUGAUUACCGAAGUAUAUUGUACACUGAUUUAUAUGAACGCUAGAUAUGUACUUCUUUCCUUAGUUGAUUGAAAUUUUUAUGUCUUAUAUGGUCUAACCAAAAAGUCACGUUUUUCUCUUCUGAAAAAGAUUCCGCGAACUAACUGUGUAUGGAUUCUAGUGGUGUCGGAAAGGGUCGUGCUACGAACAGCCGUUCCCGCUUGGAGGCUCUUUUCUGUUAACCUCCUACGCCGUCUUCGUUGACGCAGCAGAGGUGGAAAUCGUCGUCGCCGUCAAGCGCCUCACUUCUUCUGUGUCCAUACGUUCGUCUUAAUUGACAGCCAUGUCUGAUCGCAACUUCAGUUGUUCACACAUCCGAUGACGGAAUUGUGCCGCCGCUCUCCCAGUUCCAGACGGCUUCGUCGACAAGCGUCUCCGGCAGUUUGGUCAUAACUCUGUCCAACUUGAAAAAGUUCUUGGCCGUUUUGAUCCGAGCUGACGCGUACGCGCUCAUCUGCAGCAUUGCUGUUCGCAUUCAAAAGUGCAAAUCGGUGCGCAGAAACUUUUAUAAUUCAUUCAAAGUGAUCACUUUUUUCAGCUCACUUCUGGGAUGCUCAGACUAGAGGCGGCGCCCGUGAACUCUAAACGGAGACAUCCAGUCACUUAUAAAAAUGAAAAGUGAGUUUUUUUUUUGAAAUAUAACUUUCAUGGUUCUCUUCCUCCACGCCACAGAUCUGUCUGUGAGCGAAAUAAACAUUCAUUCAUUCAAAUGGGCUUGUCGUAUUAUUUUUUGUUGUUUUUUCAGAUUAUCCUCUCCAAUGUACGCAAGAUGUGAACACGGCCGAGGUUGGGUGCUACCGAAAGAAGCAGAUUUAUGUUACUUCCAGGCAUCAUGUUCGUUUUAUCAAGUUAACUCCAAAUUAAAAAUCCCUUAUAAAUCUAUUCCACCUAGCUACACGAAUGGAAAGAUCAUUUUCAAACUCUUCAGGUGCUCCUCCGACCACAUUCAAAGCGAAGAACGAAUGCCAGAUGGAUUCAUGUGCAAACGGACGCCGCGUCUCUCGCGGAGACACGUUUAGGUGUGUCUGCAACGCUGGUAAGACUUCUCUCCAAAAAUAAUUGGCUUCCGAUUUCAGGUUUCAGAAAUUUUGGAACGUGUCAAAGUGAAUGCGUUCCCGACCAUUGCCUGUACUCCCCUCCUCACGUACAGUUUUUCAAUUGCUCCACGGGGGAAAGAGACGAGCGGAUUUCUUGUCCAUUCGGUAAAUUUCCAAGAUCAAGUCAUUUGAAACAUUACAUGUCAAAAGGACUAAUGCAAAAAUAUUUCUUUGACUUUUUUUCUUGAUAGUUGAGACGAAAAAUGCAGCACUGACGAUAUCUAUAGUUUGAGUACCAUGACUUGGAAUUUCACCAAACGACAUUCCGCUGUGCCGCUGCGCGCCUUUGCGAACCUUGGUCGCGCUUUUAAUUUUUUUUUCUUUUUUUAAGGUACUCUACUUUCCUGUGCUCCCACAGCAAUAACAAUCCCUUGAAAAAGUGACCUAGAUUCGAAAGACGCUUCGCGAACGCACGCAGAGGAACAACGGAAUGUCGUUCCGCGAAAUUUCAAGUCGCGGCACACAGACUAUACGAGUGAUACCGUAAACAAGCACGAAGCUCAGGUAGGCAAGGACGUUUCUGCAACUACGGACCUACGGUAGCCGCGUCGAAGACGAUUUUCCUCCUUGAUCCAGCCGUCGAUUCUUCGACUGCGUACCAAAUCGACGCCUGCGUCGACUCUCGUUUCGGAUGCAGUCUUUUGACGGCUGCACCGGAAGAUCCUUGCAAAUAUCAGGAUUGUGGCAAUGGCGAGUGUGUUAGAGACGUCCCAUUCAAAGGCUCAUACCCUUGUCGAUGCUUCGAAGGUAUCGCUCUUGUUUCCUAUUGCGUCAGUUACUUCCUUUCUUGAGGCUAUUUCGGACAAAACUGCAGAGCAUCAUCCGCCUGUUUGUUGCCCAAUGGCGAGUACAAAUGCCAGAACGGAGGAUCUUGUUUGAAUGGACUUUGCAGUUGCACCGAAUCUUGGACUGGACCCAACUGUGAGACUUCAACCUUAUAUCGGUGAGCUGCAUGAAAUACUUCGUAAUCAACAAAACAGAUGCCAAAAGGAAAUGAACUGCGGUGAAGGUGUCUGUGUAUCCGGUUGUAGAAACGAGUACUGUAACUGUCAAGAAGGGUUUUUGAAAGACGGCGACGGUUUGUGUACUGUGAGUUGUGAUUGGCUGUGCGGAGACGAAAAGGAACUCUCAGGUGCGUCUCGACGGCUGCGUCUUGAACAACCCUUGUCAGCAUGGAACCUGUACCUGGUCUUCUAUCGAUGGGACUUUCACUUGUUCCUGUCCUCCUGAGUGGCACGGUAGACCGUUCCCAGCGUAACGGAGAUAACUUCUCAAUCACAGGGACCUACUGCGACAUUCCACGGGAACUAUCGUGCGAAUUCGAGCAAAAUUGUAAUGGAGGAGCAUGUAUUGAAGCCUUUCCCAGCGAAAUUCGGUGUGACUGUCCAAGCGGAAGAACGUUUGUUAACCUUUCUCUAGCAAGUUCCUGUUUCACAAAAAGCAGCUUUUUUCGAAAAACAUAUUCUUUCCAAUUUUUAAUUUUUGAGAGAGGAAAUAUAGCUGUUUCACGGCUGGCUUGAGCCAUCGAAAAAAGGGUCCUGACACGAUAAUGCACGAGAUAGCGCCUGGCUCGUGGUGAGCUCAGACAGGACACGCCCCCUUAGCAUCCCAAGCUGGCGGUGAAUCAGCUAUACCCAAGUUUCGGCCUGUAACUAUCAAGUUCCGAUUUCUAGAGGAGCCAGAUGUCAAACUACAAUCUCAAUUUGCGACCUUUUGCCUUGUUUCCACGAGGGAACUUGCGUCAGCCUGAACGACGCGUCCUACAGUUGCAUUUGUCCCUCAGGUAGAAUAAUCGACAAUUUGAAAUGUAGAAAAAGGCUACUAGCGUUCGACGGAACCAACUGUGAGUCGCUCAGCUGCCAAGGGAUUUUCUGCCAACACGGUGGAACUUGUCAGCUCUAUGAGAAUGAACCCUUCUGCAACUGCCCAGAAAACUUUUCUGGCGAGUUCUGUGAGAUCAGCGUAAGAUUUGCAAUUGACCAUGGUACCACGAAAUAAAGGUAAUUCUCAGAAACCGUGCGAAACUCAAUAUGCAAAUGGGACUCUCGAAAAGUACUGUUUGAACGGAAUAUGUCAAGAAAAUUCGGACGGCGCUUGGUGUAACUGUACGGGUAGCAACUUCUACGGCCGUCGCUGUGAAUCUGGUAUUUUUUAUAUUUUUUUUCGUCUUUGGAGAGUUCAAGUGUUUUCUUCUCUGAGAUUUUUUUAAUAGGAAAAGUUAGAAAAAGUCAUAUGAAACUUUGCUGAAGAGAAAAAAAUUAAGGCAUGACCAGUGGCUUCAAUAUUAAAAUUGCUAUAGCCCAUCCUGCGCCAGCUUCUCACGAUUUUUAUUACCCUCCGAGAUACGGAACCCUCUAAUGACGCUUCGCUUCGAAGCGCCGUGCCUUUCAUUUCGACCUGAAAAUUCGUUUUAUUAAAGACGCAUGUCCAGGAGCAGACCGAAUGCUUCGAAGCGAAGGUCCCUGGGGGUUCUGUAGCUCGGAGGAAAAUCAAAAUCGUGGCAAACUGGUGCGGAAAAGCUGAACCCUUUCAUGAUGCUUCGCUUCGAAGCGCCCGACUUGCCUCUCUGCAUGCGCCUUUCAUUUUGACCUAAAAUUCUCGUCAUAUUAAAGGCGCAUGCCUAGGAGCUGACCGCAUGUUUCGAAGGGACUAGCGUUCUGUAGCUCGGAGGGAAAUGAAAAUCGUAACAAGCCAAUGAGCUAUAUUAACAUAAACACAGAACUCACCUACGACUACAACUUGCUCUUCAAUGGCCUGGACUAUUAUCCACCGAUCGUUUCCAAAACGUUCUCCAGCUCAAUCGCAACGUCUGCAAUCCGUUGUUGUACAUAGCCGAAAGCCAUUUCCAGCGAGUUCACGAUUUGCGCGUUUGUGCGGUACAACGCUCCCGGAAGAAGGAGUGACUCUCAACCGCUGCCAGCCUAUCUGGCACUCCGCGACACGAGUUCCAGUCGCCAGAUCGUUUUCGACAGCCACGGAUUCGCCAUCUGCGACGAUAAAAACAGCUGCGACGCCCGAGGCAACGUCCUUCUCUCUCCUCAACAAUGGCACCAUGUUGGAUCAUCUUGACUAUCCAUCAUUGCACGGUAUUGUCACAAGAACGAUUCUUUCAGUUCUGCCUGGUGAGUCCGGCGUUCAAUGAAAACACCCCGAGAUGGGCGGCUUUUCUGGACGGAGUCAACAGCUCCCAAUUGUUUGCCGAGCGUUUCGAAGUCUUCACUCACCGCUUGAUAAUUACUAAAAAUUCUAUUUAGCUACAAAACGGAUAUUUGAUCCUUGCUCCGCCCCUGUCUAGCCCGACCAAGAGCAACUUGUUUGUGGGAGCUCUCAGUUUGGUUCAGGCUAGAAACGACUGCGUUUUUAUUUUUUAUUAAAAUAUGCAUUCAGAUGUACUUUGUCCGGCUCAAUGAAGCAGUGAUUGCACAGCUCGCCCUCAAUUGCAGUGAGGUUAUAACUCACAAAUUUUUGGUAGGCAUUCUUUGAAGAGAACCUUUCUAGACAAUGAGUUCAAACGACCUGACUACUUCGAUGUUUGUGAAGUGGGAAAAGGAUUUCACUCGCGUCGGUCCCGGAAACCUCGGCGUAUCGGAAGACCCGGCUGGAGUUUGCCAUGGACCACUUUCCAAGCGAGAACCAGGGAACUACAGAUCGAAAUCAAGCUCCAUGACCUUCUGUGAGAUUUCGUUCUUCGAGGCGAUUCAUUGAUUAUUCCAACAGCAAAAGACCGUGUUUCUCCAACGGUGCAGCGAUGUCCUCGAGGCUUUUCUGUUUUGGCCAGCGACGGAUUCUCCGUUGCGCCGUGGGCAGACGAAGCGAUAAGCUUCUCGGAUAACCUUGGCAUCGUCAGGGUUGUGAGUAACUACUCACCAAACCAGUAUCUACCAAUGUUUGUUUGAUAAUUGUUCAUGAAAAAGAAAAGGUUUGCAGAGGGAUUCACCACGUCGUUUAUGAAGCGGAGGACGCCGCAGGAAAUCGGAACGAGUGCGCGUUUGACGUCGUCGUCGCUUCUGGAGAGUGCCCAGCCGCGCCACAGACACUCGUCCGAGUAAGUCUUUUUUUUACAAAACGACGUUUGCACGGGUUUCUUCAGAACGGAAGAGUUUCUUUUGUUGGAGCGCCUUUGGUGGGACUCUCGGCUGGAGAAUUGUCUCCCAUCACCGCCGUCGUGCAGUGUGAUGAUCCUCUUUACCCUCGUGAUGACCAGCCUCUGUUUUACGUUUGUGACAAGAUGGUAGUAAAAGGUGGCGCAAACUUGAUGAAAGUAAGUUCCUAGGGAAACUAUGGCGUAGGAGAUUGGGCGAACUCUUCCCAUUAUUGGCUACCGGCGUGCGGUCGGACGGAGUUUGCGCUCCAAACAGUCAACGGAACAGUGACUUCAGAAGAGGAGUCCUGUGUAUCGGUUUGGUUAUUCAAAUUUCCUGACAACCAUGACGCGACGACUUCAGAUGACCGCCAAGCUUUGGGAAACUCUAUGGAAGUCUUUGGACUGCGACCGCUUGAAAUGCUCCAUGCGGGUAUUCCCGACCUGUGAAUCAGCUCUCCGGUCGAAGCGUCAAGGGAAUGAUCAUCCAACCAUCACGUUACACUACAUAUUGAGUACCAAGUGCGGCAUUCUUCUAGUCAAGCUAUUUUCCAUUCUUCAACCUUACAGAGAGAGUCACGAUCUGGUUAAUGAUGCCGUGAAAAAUUCUCUCGGAAACAAGUUUUAUGGAGAAGUGCAGCAAACCUCCACAAUCGAGUGCUCACCAUCAUUUCCAAUAAAAUCGGAAAAACUAAAUAAGAUAGUUUGUGGUGAGUAUUUUGUGAUGGCGGAGUCCUCGUCACCUGACAAGGAAGGUCAUUUUACUUUGCGGUUGGGAUUUUCCUGAAAAUUGGCCAGAACACGUACCAGAAGAAGAUCCUGAAAGUCUGAACUGAACAAAUUUCUAGUUUUCGAGAAAGGACAGCUCAAAAUCCAUUAAAAAGGAGCUUCUUUGAGCCGUUAUUUCUCGAAAACUAAGAAUUUGUGUAGAUUGAGACAUUCAGAUUCUUUAAGGAGUAUCUUGGCCAAUUUUCAGAAAAAGGCUAACCGCGAACUUAAUCGACCUUCCUGAAAAUGGAAUACUCGAAAUCAAAAAACGCGUUUAAUUAUUCUGAAAGCUUAGCGAACUGCCCCGAAGGAAUGUACGCCGACAAGGCCGAGAACUCUUGUCGACAGUGCGCUGUCGACGAGUUCCGCGAAGCCGACAGCUCCGAUCAGACUUCCUGCCACCCUUGUCCUCCAGGCAACACCACCGGCAGACGUGUCGGCGCAUUCCACGUCUCCCAUUGCUACGGUGAGAACAAGUAAUAACUCAAAUUUUGAAUUCUUUCUUGUACACAAAGCCACUUCUUUUUCAGUCAAUUGUUCUGCUGGUUUCUUCGCUUCGGGGAAACUUUGCGAGCCUUGUCCAAUCGGCUCUUUCAGUCCCCUGCCAGGAUCUCGAUCGUGCAUCCACUGUCCCUUUGACAGUAGCACUGCGGCAGUCGUUCGUUUUUUUUUUUUCUGUAAACGAGACCUUUACUCUUGACAUAAAUACAUUUUAUAAUUUUCAUGCUCUGACCUUAACGUGAGGAAAAGGCUUCUGAACUAGAUUUUUAUUUAUAGAGUAAAUUCCAAAACUGAUCCGGUCGAACAGCUGUUUCUAGCGUGAUGUUCUAUUUUUACGCUCAUUGUCAGGUAGAAGAUGAUUAAAUUUUAAUGUUCUUUAAAUUUAAAAAAAAAUAGAAAGACGUAUUAGUUUAGUAAAGAAAGAACGUAAACAUAACCACAGGUGGAAAAAUUCAAUCUAAUUCCAAAAUACUAGAUCAAAAACACUUUUCGAAAAAAAAGCCUCGUCUGCAAAUCGCGGCGUUCUGCGCAGUAAAAAGUUCCGAUUUUUUCUACAAAAAAGUUUUUUCGAUUUAAAUGAGUAUGCAAAUCGCCGUUCUGUGUAUGCACCAAAAACGUCAUAUGUUACGAGAAUUGUGGACGGGGCUUCGUAAAAAGAAAGCUGUGUCAAGUUUUGAGUUUUGGUAGUUGAGUUUGACUUUAAAAAAAUAUUAGAAUCGAUUUCGAAUUCAGUGAAAAAAAAAAUGAAACGUUAAACAAUAGUCGAAUUCACAGGGCUCGAAGAGUUCACGGGAAUGCAAAGUCCAUUGCAAUAAGGGAGAAUUUCUGUCACGCGAAGGCGGCGUCCUUCGAUGUGAGCCGUGCAGCUUCGGGUUCUACAAGACGGUAAGACAAGGGACGAGAUGGAUGGAUUUUGGUGCAGAAGUCGUCGGGGCCGUGUGUUCGAUGUCCUCAAGGGCUUACGACUUAUUCGAUCGGGACCAUCUCAGUCGAAGGCUGCAACCGCUUUGACUGUGCCGACGAGAACGUCUACGUCAACGAAAUGGUUGAGCCGCGCCACGAUGUGCCGUACAACGUCUUGUGCAAGAUGUGUCCUGAGGGCACCUUUCAGGUUGGCUGUCCUCUGCGAAAUCCUUAUUUUUCAAAAAUUCUUUUAGAAUGGCCUAAACAAAACGUUCUGUUCCCCCUGCAGCCAACUUCCACCGGGAACCUCUGCAAUUUCUUGUCAAUACAUUUUUCAUGAAGUCGAAGAGUUGAGCGGCCUGCUCAGUUUGAAGCAAGUCGUAAGGUACAUAUUCGCUCCCCAAAAACAGAUUGGACGGAACAGGUCAGGUAUCCGCGCCUGCUUCUGAUUGGCAUGGCUAUCGUCGGAGGCGUACUUCUUCUCCUUCUGGCGAUCAUCUGCGUCGUCGCGUUCAAAAAGUACGCUGAGUUUUGAAAGUUAAAAAAUAUUUUUCAAGGAACUGGCGUCACUCUAAUGGUGAAGCUCGCUGCGUCCGAAGAACGGAUUAUUGGCAGCGGGAGGUAAAAAUUGUGUUCUCGGACCUUGUUAAUGUUGAACUUGGCGCGAAUCGGACGUGUCGGGGCACUUCUAGUGACCCCUUUAGUAGCCUCAGCACUCUUAAAGGCAUAGGGGCAGUAAAAAACGGUGUUUCAGUUCAAAGCAGUAUUUUGUAGAGUUUUUCAUUGUGAAUCGAACGGUGAACUUGGAAACGUACAGAAGUUCCUAGUUUUGAAGAAAAAAUAAUUCAAAGUCGGAGAGAGAGAAAUUUGAGUUCCCGCAAAAAGGGCGCUUUGCAGUAAAGUUGCUCUAUGCACAACAGGUUUCGCCAUCUUCCGGAUUUUCGCUUUUUUCUUCGUUUCUUUCAAUUUUCAAUUUUUUUUGUUGUCACCUAAGUUCUUUUUCGUCACAAAAAGCUUUCUAUUCAUGUAUAAAUUGCAAACUUUGAUCGCAAAAAUGCUUUUCUGGUGAAAAAUGAUGAUUUUACACAGGUUUCGAUUGAGAUUGCGAUAUUUUGUGUUUUGUUUAUUAUCAAUGUGUGUUUUCUGUUUUCUUAAUCGAUUUUUCAGAGAAGAAACCCCUAAUUUCAAGCAGAAAUCCGGUUAUUUCUCACAAAAUGCGAGUCUAACGAGACGUCCGCAACGUCGCACGGCUACUGUAAACAGUUGUCUGCAUACCGAUCCAAAGCUUUUUUCAAAAUUAAAGGCGGGAAAGUAAAAUCGCGUUUUUCUUCUAAAGUUGUCACACCUGUAAUUGUUUUGAGUACACCAUUCGAUUCGCAAAGAAAAACUAUAUAAGAUACUGCUUUCACCUGAAACCCCAUUUUUUACUGCCCCUAUGCCUUUAAGGAAUUCCUAGAAUCGACCAGAAACGUCCGGAGCAAAAAAAAACUAUUCCUUUUAGGGAGAAAAGAAGGCGAACAUAAAAUGCAGUUCAACUUCGACCAGAAAGACGUUUCAAGGUUUUCGAUUUCAUUUUCUUCGAAAACACCUAAUUUGAGGAUCGGAAUGAAUCUGAUGGUUCAACUUCCUCAGUCGGAUGAACAACUCCUUUUGAAUUCUCUUUUCGAGAUACGCACCUUCAGUAUUAUUUUUUUGAAUUGUGAUAUUUCAAAUAAUAAUAAUAAUAAUAAUAAUAAUAAGAGUGUUCUUAUCAUCAUGAUCUACCAGAAAACAUGGGAGAAAGGAAAAGCACAAAAUUUUAUCGGAAACAGUUAGACCAGCAUUUGACACGGAACACAGUUCGGUGAAAUAAUUUACAGAUUCGAAAAUAUAAACUAUCAGAAAAAUAUUUAGUCUACAGAACAAGCAGUAAUAUGCGAGUGUUGGUAUGCUUUAGAGAAGGAGGGAAAAUCGACAUUCAUGACACCGCGGAAAAAUCAGAGAAGAAAUUAUGCCGAUGUUUUUUGAUAGAACAAGAUUUUAGAAAAACAACAAUGA